GGCUGAUAUACAGUUCGCAUUCGAGAAUGCGUUAAAUCACGUGAAUAAACUGAGUGAAUCGUUUGAUAUAUCUCAAGCAUGGGAAGAUGUCACCACUUACCUUGAGCCAGCAUCACUGGAUACUAUCAAACCAGAUAUACCGCUUAUCGCAUUCGAGAAUAUCACAAACGCCAACUUAGAUAGACACCUUCUCGAGCAUUACUAUGGCCGCGUAGAGGCAAAUUUCAGUAUUAUCACGACUGAUAUACGUACAAUAUUGUCCCAAUGGGAGGAAAGUUCGCUGCUGAAAUUGACUAGCAAGUUCUUACACUCCUAUAGCUUAGGAAUGACUCAAGUUUAGCUCCAGAAGUAGCCCAGAGACUGGUAGACUACUACGUGGCCUGGGAAGCGCCAUUGCGGAACAUACCAGCGUGAGUUAUAUCACAUACCAUCUCACCUCUCUUAUCACUUCGCUAGAUAUGAGAAUGCAGAUGAACUUACAACUAUAUUUCACGAUCAGCUAUUCGCGACGCUUCCUGUCGAGCUUGCGAAAUCACUUCGUUUGCAUCUCGUACAGGUACUUUCUGAUGACACGUCGAGUUCGGUACCAUCGUUGGAUGUAUUUGGGGCACAAGCCAUCACUGAGAUGCUCUCGGCGGAGAUCCUCUACGAUGAGAUUGAGAAUGAAGUCCUAGCUAAUAAGGGACAAUGGGAAGAACCUGUUUUGGAUAACUUACGUAAAUGGAUAGCAUACGGUGGAAUAUCUGUUAAAAUGCAGUCUAUCAUGUCUAAAGAACCCGUCAAGCGGUGGGCAGAUACUUGGCUACAACGUUUUGAUUUUUUUGCAUGCGAGAAAUUCUGCGAAAUGCGAAUAGAAGAGCUCUUUGAUAUUAUAGUUGAUUACCCUGAUUCAACAGCAGCAAUCAAUGACAUAAAAACUUGCUUAGAGAGAGUGCAAUAUCGCUCACACCUUGUGAAGCAACUAAAGACAUUGAAUGAAAGUCGUUUGUUACAUGCUGGUGCAUCAACGCAGCUCAUCCUUACACAAUACAUAUCGACAAUAAAGUGUCUACUCAUCAUUGAUCCGACAGGCGUACUACUAGCAUCGGUAGCUGAGCCAAUACGCAAGUAUCUCCGCGAAAGACCCGAUACGAUCCGCUCAAUAGUUGCAAGUUUCGUCGAUGAGGAGAGUGAACUAGUCGAAGAAGGCGAUGCUCAGGAUAAUGCGCCAAUUGUUCUCGAAAAUGAUGAUGCACCUGACUGGGAAGACCCAAAUUGGGAACCCGAACCUAUCGAUGCUGGUCCGAACUUUCGCAGCGACGGUCGCAAAGACCUUAUCUCUACACUUGUUAGUAUCUACGACUCGAAGGAGGUCUUCGUUGAAGAGCUUCAAGUUAUGCUUGCUCAGCGUUUGAUGUCUUUGAAAGAUUACAAUCUAGAGAAAGAAAUUCGCAAUAUUGAAAUACUCAAGCUCAAAUUUGGUGAAACAACAUUGCAUGCUUGUGAAGUUAUGUUGAAAGAUGUGGCUGAUUCGAAGCGUAUAGAUCAGAACAUCAGGUCGCAGAUAGAGACUGUCAUUCGACCAAUCGUUGUCUCACGUCAAUUCUGGCCUGAAAUUGAAGAUUUCUCAUUCAACUUGACAGAACAGAUGCAAACCUAUCGAAAACAGUACGAGGAUGCAUAUGCUCGUUUCAAGCCAGAUAAGCGUUUACACUGGAUACCGCAGAUCGGAAACGUGUCAAUAACACUAGAUCUAGAAGAUAGGACGUUGAAUUUAGAUGUAACACCUUUCCAAGCAACAGUGAUUGACUUAUUCGCUGUAAAUGGAGGAAAGAUGACAGCGCAGGAUAUUGAAGAGCAAUUAGAGGCGCCCAACAGUGUUAUUGUUCAGGAUACACUCGCUUUCUGGAUCAAAAAGGGUGUCUUGAAGGAAGAAAAACUAAGGGACGAGGAUAUAGCAGUCUAUAGAGUGCUUGAGCAAUAUGAAGCAACAUCUCCAAAGUCCAAACCUCGGACUAGUUUGUAAUUAAAUUAUUAUAAUGCGGUGUAUUUUAUAGUUCUUGGC